UUGUAUUGUUCGACGUCUUCUCAAGACGGUUGCAACUUUGUGGCUUCUAACUCCCAGAAAGUCCCUUAAAUGUUUCUUAAACGGUUUCCCAUUUAAAUUUAAUCGACAAAGUUUUGUCGGUAGUUUUACCGGCACACGAAGAGGAUUCAGACGAAGAAUAAAGUGGUUUACCUUGCGGCGAACGAAGCUAACGGCUGAACACCAGCACUGGUGUGUGACAGGAGAGUCAGCUCUCCACCUAGGCUGGGCUGGAGAUGGGGGAUCCGGAGCCUCCAGAGUUUGGCUCCCUGGAUGAAGAGCUGGAUUACUGGAAGGAACAGGCUGCCAGGCACCAACAGAGUGCAGAGGAAGCCCAGGAGGAACUGCAAGAGUUUCAGCAGAUGAGUCGGGACUAUGAGGUGGAGCUGGAGACAGAGCUGAAACAGUGUGAGGCACGAAACCGUGAGCUUCUUGCUGCCAACAACCGCCUCCGCAUGGAACUUGAAAAUUACAAGGAGAAGUAUGAGACGCAGCACUCUGAGGCCUACCGGCAAAUCUCCACCCUGGAGGGAGACCUGGCUGAGACCACAGCCGUUAGAGACCAGCUUCACAAAUACAUCAGAGAGCUGGAGCAGGCCAAUGAUGACCUGGAGAGGACCAAGAGGGCGACCAUCAUGUCACUGGAGGACUUUGAGCAGAGGAUGAACCACGUUAUAGAGAGGAACGCCUUCCUGGAGAGCGAGCUGGACGAGAAGGAGACUCUCUUGGUGUCUGUCCAGAGGCUGAAGGACGAGGCCAGAGAUCUGAGACAGGAGCUUGCGGUGCAGCAGAAACAGCAGGUACAGGACAGGAAGCCGUCCCUCAGCAGUGCAGUCAAAGAGCCUUCCUCCUCCUCCUCUGCUUCAUCCACGGCUGGUUUGCCCACCCCACCUCUCACUCCUCCAGACAAACGAAAUGAGGACAAAACCACUUCUUUGUCCUCUAACCAGCCCGCCCCUUUGGCAGCCACGCCUUCCAGACCUCUAGCCUCAGGAGAGUCCUUCUGCACCCCACCGCCCUCUGUCAGCAGAGGUGAAAGCCUCUCAGGGACUCCUCUCACCACGUCAGCGAGAAUCUCUGCUCUGAGCAUUGUUGGAGAACUGCUGAGAAAAGUUGGGAACCUGGAGUCCAAGCUGGCGUCGUGUCGAGAGUACGUCCACGAGCAGACAGCAAGCCGCAGAGGCCAUGCGGGUGGACAGGGGGCAGCAUCGGGCCAGAACAACUCCUCAGAGAGCCAUCCUACUAAUGGCCUCUAUAACAAGGGGCUGGUGAAGAGGUUAGACUUUGGAGCUGGUUCCAAGUUACUGCUGUGAAAGUGAAAACGUCCCCCACCUCGAUCCAUAGUCCUCCUCUGAGCUGCUCAGGGCUUCCCGUCCAUCCAUCCAGCCUGGAAUUAACGGUACUGUGUGUUGCACAUCAGACGGGGGAUCUGCAAAACAUGGACCACACUCACUGGGAGCUGCAGUGAUGCAAAUGGAUGGAUACGGUAGUAUGGAUACUUUGGGAUGUCUGUUCCCAGCUCAAGUCUACAGUCAGAGUUUUUGUUUGUUUAUUUACAGGACUUCUUAUCGGCACUUGCACUUAGCCUAAACUUACUAACUGGACUUGUGCUGCAUGUCACCACCUCACCUCCUUCGAUUUCAUUUGCUACGUUUUUUGCUCAUUUUUUCUCUGUUUUUGCUUAAAAGGUGUAUUAAGACUGAACAUAAGGCAGAUUUUAGUCAAUGAAAGACACAGGUUGCAGGUUUGUGUUGAGAUGAAAAUGAGUCCACUUAAGGAGCAAAUGUAAGAUGCAGGGGAAAAAAAUGUAAUCAUCUUAAAUUUGUAUAACUCUAAUGCAUGACAGGCAGGGUUUUCCACACAUACUGUAGCAGAGGAUCAAUUUCCAGAGGGAAACCCUGCCUGAGUGUACAGAGACAGCAGGAGAGAUAAUGGCCCCUUUUACACUUUGACACAAGUGUUUUGUGUUCAAAUAAAAUCUCUAUGAGAUUUAAUGCCGUUUACACUUAGCCACAUAUAUGCAUCUCGGCCGGACAGAUCACAAAUGUGAUUCCAACGUAUGCACUUUAGCAGUUAACUAUUAACAGUGAGCAAUAACAGCCAACAAACUAACAACCAUCUAUAAACACAAACACAUGAAUAAAUCGUGUUCAUGGACAAAGAGCGUUUUAUUGUUUUAAAGGGCUCCUGAGGUGGACUUUGGUCCAUCUCAAAUGCUUUGUGAAUUUUAACAUGGCUUUUUGUUAUUGGAUCUCCAUCCAGUCUGUUUAAAAUGCAUGUAGUGACUAAGUGUAAAUAGGGCCAAUCACCAAAUAUCUGUACCACCCAGUUUGUUCAUUGUUAAACAGUUUGCUGAAACACUACAGUGGUCAACCCUGCACAUUUAAACCAAAGUGAGAAUUUGCUUCAUGUUUACUUUGAACACACCUUGAACACUGGAAGGGCACUUUGAUCUACACAGGAGGAGAGAGAGGCGGUGUUUGAGAAUGUCUUUAAGUACUACUUUGAAACUGUUAGGACAGCACAGUCAGUCUUGCCUUUUGUUCAUGAAACUACAUAUGAUGGUCUGCUUUUAUACAAUAUGCCUCUGCAGCUGCAUUUGAUGUAUAAGGAGUGGGGGAAAAAAUGAGAAAGUGCCACUGAUCCCGGAGAGAAUGAAAUAAUAGUUGAUUCAAUACACAUUGUAGCCUUGAUAUUUUUAGUAGUCCUGGAUAUUUUAGAUUAUUACUAAUGAAUUAGUUGCAGAAUAAAAUGGACUUGGUAUCUGUGUUGUCACUUGAAGAAUAGAAUUUAGAUUUACUGCUUACUGGAGUCAAAAAACUCUGGUAUGGUGAAGCUGACCUGGAAUGAGCAAGACUCCUGUUCAUCAAGGUUUCAGAAGAACCCUUCUGCAAGCCUUAAGGUUUUAAUGAGCUGUGUUUUUCUAAAUCACUAUUAUAGUCUUUAGAAAAGCAAUAGUACUUAUAAAAAGCACAAUGUUUUGUGGGAGAUUUUUUUAAUGCAGAUCUUGCCAGCAUCUAGUGGCCAUCAGUGGCUCUGCAUCUUAAAGCUGCCUUAAUUAAUAUGUUGUUGUAUGAAUAAUAAAUGAGGUCAGAGAGGAGUUGCUCAUAGUUAUGAAGAGAUUUUUACCAUCUCUGCAACUCCAUCUAGCUUUGUGGCCUGAACUUCUCCUUAACCUGUAAAUGUCUGUGUUGGAAGCUGGAACUUGUUUCGUUUUUAGCGUUGAGGUUGUCAUUUGGGAUGUCCUGAGCAAAUGUUCUUUGGCUCUGAUCCUGUUCUGAGUCUUUCAGUAGCUGCUAUCUGCGGAUACAGACUCUGAUCCUAUUUCUUCUAUUCACCUAAAUGACACAAAAGCCCAGCGCACGCUCAAAGCUACUACCUGAAAAUGAUAUAAGAUAGAACUGAAGCCAUGCUGAGGAAAAUAACAUUUUUAUAUUUACAUUUUAGACAUGACAGCAGAGGAUUUGCAGUAUUAAUUAUAUAUGUACCUUCAUCUGACCUCCCUCUGGCACCUACAUCAGGCCCAACACUACUAGUAAAUAUCAAAAUGGAUGACAGGAUAACAUUAAAUGUACCGAUUUUAAACUUUCCUUCAGCUUCAUGCACAGGAUAAACUUUACACUUGUGUCUCUGCUCUUAAUAAGAUUCUAAUUUUAGAAAAUCAUCAGUAUGUUGUUUGUUCUGUCCAAUACGUUGAUAUUAUGUAAUGAAAUGAACAUUGAGCCUUAUACGUCUAGUCAUGAGGCACCUUUGAGACUGAACCCCUCUGCAGAGCUCUACUUCUGUCUCUCCAGGAGUGAAAUAGGAAGAUGUCUUCUGUUAGCGAGGAGAUAUGAAAUACUUCAGUGAAGGCUACUUGUGUUUUAUGUUAAAAAGAAAAAGUAUGUAAUAGGUUUGACUUGUAGUGUUAAAUACUGUACCUCUACUGUAGGGUCACUGUUGAUGUAGGGUGUAGACUGUGGUUCAGUGUGUAGGCAGGAUUGACUUACAGUUAGCUGCUCAGGGCAGACUGGACCUUUCUUGUAAAGGUCAGCGUGUGAAAGCAGAAAAUAAUUUGAGGUUUGAUGUUUUUUUUGUUUUGUUUUGUUUUUUUGCCUUUUAUUACUCUAUAAGAGUUCUUACAUGCUCACAUACAAAGUGCUAUGACCUGUUCUGCUCUUUGUUCACCUUCAGUGCUGCUUAUGUUUCUGAUAAAGCAAUAAA